CCGGCUCGGCGGGGAAACGAGGAAGAAACGGCAGGGAGGAUGAGUCCGGUCUCCUGCGCUUCCGCCUCCUCCUCCUCCUCCUCCUCCCCCCGGGGGUGGCCUGGGUCGCCCCCCCCAGCAUGAGCGCGGGGCCCGAGUGUGAACCCCCCGGGAAAAGGGCUCGCGUGGGGCCUGGCUUCUUCCCUUCCUCCGAGGCGGUGGUCGCGCAGCCGCCGCCUCCCCGCCGCCGGGAGGAAGGGCCCCCCGGACCCGGCGGCCUCUCAGCCACCGUGGGGAACAAAGUUUACAAGCAAAAGAGGAUUACCUCUUGGAUGGAGAACAGAGGAGCCAGAACUGUAGACUCUGAAAGACAAAGCAAAAGAAGCAAUAUGGAAGCAGAGUCCAAAAUGGCCCUUGUUAAAAAAGAUCAUGUUUUCGACCAUGAUGCCAAAAAGGCCGAGGGCCUGUUCCAGCAGGGCUGCUCAAAGUUAUCCGCAGAAAUGAGCACCAAGCAGGGGGCUUUUCCUCCAGCUGAGGGCCCCUGUAGGGAGAAGCUAUCCGAAGCCAAGGCUCUGAAACAAAGGCAGGCAAGUGAGCCCUUGAAGAACGCGAACGUUCACCAGGUGUACAAAACCGGUGCUCGGGCUUAUCGAGCCGGUCCUGAAAUCGGGGAGAACUGUCCCGCCAGGAAGCUUUCGCUAGGCAGCCCCACCAAGAUGCCAAAUCUAAAGCAGGCUUCCAAAGAGUGGGAUCCUGCAAGGGAAGCCCCUCUGCAGAGUCCACAGCCAUUGAAAAAUUGCAGCUUUGAGGAUCCGAUAGGUGUUAAGGCUGAGCUGGACGAGGCAGACUUGAUCCCGGAGAGCCCACUUUCCGACGGAGGCUGUCCGGCGACGUCUUCCAAUCCUUACGGCUUUCGGGACAGAGAUCAGGAGCGUUUAAGGGAGUCGCCCUCUUUUGAGAAGGAGAGUGAGCCCGAAUCGCCGAUGGACGUAGAUAACUCCAAGAACAGCUGCCAGGGCUCAGAGGCUGAUGAGGAAAGCCCCCUUCUCGAGGACCACGGAGAUCUCAGUGUGUUGGAAGGACCAGGCAACUCUGCCCAGUUCCGGAGGACAGAGACUGACCCGGAUUCCAGAAAGCUGGCUCCCCUGAAAAGCGAAGGGCCCCGAUUGAGCCUCAACGCCGAAGGAGUGGACAAUCCCUGGAAAGAUACUGAAAUGCACGCAGAAGUAUCGGGACCCUCACCUCACCUGGCAUCGGAGGGCAGAAGUGCCAAGCACGGGGGAAGGAAGGACUCUAAAAUGACCGCCCACUUCCCACGGGUCCAUAGAGGGGAUGAGAAAAGUGACAGGAGUGAGCAUCGCCCAGGAAGGAAGCAUUGUAGAUACACCCCUCCCUCUCUCCCAACUAACAAAAAGUGGCUUGGGACCCCAGUUGAAGAGAUGCGAAGAAUGCCGGCCUGUGGGCUCCGUCUUCCUCCCUUGAGACCAUCGGCCAAUCAUACGGUUACAAUCAGAGUAGAUCUUCUGAAGGCAGGAGAAGUACCUAAACCUUUCCCGACCCAUUAUAAGGAUUCGUGGGACAAUAAACAUGUGAAAAUGCCUUGCUCAGAACAGAAUUUAUAUCCUAUAGAGGAUGAGAACGGUGACAGGACUGCCGGGAGCCGAUGGGAAUUAAUACAGACUUCACUUCUCAAGAAAUUCACAUGUUCCCGAGAUUUGAAGGAAGGAAUCCUCAGGUAUAACAUCUCUUACGCCAAGAAAUGGGACUUCACGGCCCUGGCCGAAUUCUGCGAUAAGGUGCUGGAAGACGCGGAGGCCCAGCAUCUUUUCCAGUCCAUUCUGCCCGACAUGGUGAAGCUGGCGCUCUCCCUGCCCACCCUCUGCACCCAGCCACUCCCUCUUCUGAAGCAGAAGGCCAGCCACUCGGUCACCCUGUCCCAGGAGCAGGUGGCCAGCCUGCUAGCCAACGCCUUCUUCUGCACCUUCCCUCGGCGCAACGCCCGGGUGAAGUCGGAGUACUCCAGCUACCCGGACAUCAACUUCAACAGAUUGUUUGAGGGCCGAUCUCCCAGGAAGCCUGAGAAGCUGAAAACCCUCUUUUGCUACUUCCGGAGAGUCACCGAAAAAAGACCCACUGGACUUGUGACAUUUACCAGACAGUGUCUGCAGGAAUUUCCAGAAUGGGAAAGGUCUCCGAAAAAGAUGCCCAGGUUGCAUGUCACCUACGAAGGGACGAUUGAGAGCAACGGGCAGGGAAUGCUCCAGGUUGACUUUGCCAACCGCUUUGUCGGAGGGGGCGUUACUGGUGCAGGAUUGGUGCAAGAAGAAAUCCGCUUCUUAAUCAACCCAGAAUUGAUUGUCUCUCGUCUCAUUACGGAGGUCCUGGAUCACAACGAGUGUCUGAUCAUCACAGGGACUGAACAGUACAGUGAAUAUACUGGCUAUGCAGAAACCUACCAGUGGGCCAGGAGCCAUGAAGAUGACAGGCCCAGGGAUGAAUGGCAGAGACGCUGCACGGAAAUUGUGGCUAUAGAUGCUUUUCAUUUCAGACGUUUUCUGGAUCAGUUUGCUCCGGAGAAAAUUAGAAGGGAGUUGAACAAGGCGUUCUGUGGUUUCUCUCGGCCUGGUGUCCCUCCGCAUCACCUUCCAGCAGUCGCGACAGGAAACUGGGGCUGCGGUGCUUUUGGAGGAGAUUCCAGACUGAAAGCCUUAAUACAGAUCUUAGCAGCUGCCGAGGUCGGACGCGACGUGGUUUAUUUCACCUUUGGAGAUGCUGAGUUGAUGAGAGACAUUUACAGCAUGCACAUGUUUUUGAGCGACAGGGGCCAAGCGGUGGGAGAUGUUUACAAGCUGUUGCUUCGAUACUACAAUGAGGAAUGCAGAUGUUGCUCUACUUCCAGGCCAGAAGUCAAGCUGUACCCUUUCCUCUACAAUGCCGUUGAGUCCUACAUAAACCUUCCUGAGGAUGAGGAAGGGCGGGGUUUGGAUGAUUAGAGCGACCGUGCGCCCCAUGAGCGGCCUUUCCCUUUUUCCCGUGAAAUAUCAGCUGAAUUGCAGGAUGUCAUGCGUAGGUUGUCUGAAGACCAACACUGACAUUUGAGAAGAAAUCUGUUUUCUUUCCAAAGCAGAAAGUAAACUUGAUCACAGCAUACAGAGUAUAAUCCAUUUCUGCCCCCUUGCCAAGAAAUGACGGUUGGUGGAAAACUUCCAUUCCUUAUACGAUUCUUUGAAAAUAGAUUGAUGCAGGCCUGCCUUUUUAUUUUUAUAAUUGUCUCAGUGUCCACAUACAUUUAGGUAUGGAGUUCGCUGGCAUAGACACAUGUUCCCCAUAUGAAUACGUGAUUUCUUUAGCACACACGGCAGUGAUAUAACUUUAAAGGGGUAGAUUUGGAGG